GAUAUCGAAAGGGCACAAGAAUUAUAGACCAUCAUGCUGAAUCUUCAGCUGGGCAUAAGGUACUCUGUUGGCAAACAGGCUUCGACCCAGAUGAGAGAAUUGAGACCUGGGGACUUUGAUCCUAGAGAAAAGUUUUGGACAAGGUUUCCUCCUGAGGGGUCAAAGAUUACCCCUCCUCAUCAAUCGGUGGAGUUUCGCUGGAAGGACUAUUGUCCUAUGGUAUUUAGCCAUUUGAGGAAAUUGUUUGCUGUGGAUCCGGCCGAUUACAUGAUGGCCAUUUGUGGGAAUGAUGCUUUGAGAGUAAAGACGGUGAAGAAAUCAGAAGUCAAGUUACUUAUUAGAAUGCUACCAAGUUACUACCAACAUGUUUGCCGAUACGAGAACACAUUAGUCACAAAGUUCUUCGGCGUGCAUUGUGUGAAGCCUAUUGGUGGCCAGAAGGUUCGUUUUAUUGUGAUGGGCAAUUUGUUUUGCUCAGAGCAUCGGAUCCAUAGGCGAUUUGACCUCAAAGGUUCAUCCCAUGGCCGGACAACUGACAAGGCUGAAGAAGAUAUUGAUGAGACCACUACUCUCAAGGAUCUAGACCUCAACUUUGUGUUUCGCCUACAGAAAUCUUGGUUCAUGGAGCUCCUCAGACAAAUAGAUCGAGAUUGUGAGUUUCUGGAAGCAGAAGGGAUCAUGGACUAUAGUCUGUUGGUGGGGCUUCAUUUCCGUGAUGACAUUUUGUCAUCUAAGAUGGGAUUAUCAUCCCCAAAAAUUUUGGGUAGGAGAGAUUUGUAUCAAGGUGCAGGGAGAGAUUGGCAUCAAGGUGCAGGGCUUAUGUCCGAGUUUCGAUAUUCAGAAUCAGAUUUGCAGGAUAUGGACAAGAUUCUAGAUUUUCGAAAACAAGCUGACGCUGUUGGGUGCAAAUAUGCCCGCAAGGGCGGAGCGUGUGUCAAGAAAUAGCAACUUCGAUGCAUUUCCAUUGAUAUUCGGAGAAGGAGGGUUAUUAAUGCCCGCUCAAAGUAGUGAAGUACAUGAUGUAAUUCUCUAUUUUGGGAUUAUUGACAUCCUUCAAGACUAUGAUAUCACUAAGAAGCUCGAACAUGCUUACAAGUCUUUGCAAGCCGAUCCUACCUCCAUUUCAGCAGUAGAUCCAAAGCUUUAUUCAAAGAGGUUUCGAGAUUUUAUUCGCAAAAUUUUUGUCGAAGACAAUGAUUGAUGAAUUAUCACUAAACCUUCGAAGGUAAAAUCAAUAUAUUUCCCCUAAUUGUGGAAUUUGGAUAUAUAUAGCUCUUGGACACAGCCUGAGAGCUUAGAGCUCAGCCAUGGGGAUAUGAGUGGUGGACGAGGCUGAAUUUUGAAAGGUCAGCCAUUGAGACUGGGGGGAUAUUGUUGUUGUACAUGUUAAAUUGUGGAGGGAAAUUGUCAAUUUUUUCCUUUUUCCUUUUUAAGGCGAGAAGCAAGAUAGUGAGAGGCAAUAGGAUUUUUGCUUCCUGAAAAAGAAAGGGAUUCUUAUUAUUUUUUUUUCCUUCAAGUUGGGUUUUUGUAAUAAGCCAUGUACAGAUAGAGUAAUGAAUAUUGGAGAGUGAUGUAUAUCUUUGGAGUGCAAAUUCCAUUCCAUUGUAUUCAAAUGUGGUCCCUUGGCCUUCUAUCUUU